UCGUCGCGACGUCCUGUGGAGCAGAGUUGGAAGCAGUUGCGCGUUUCAACUUUUCGUAGUUGGGAAAAGACGCGCGAAAAUCCAGAUUUUCGUAAAAUUCGCCGAGGUUUAUUCCGGUUUUGAUCGCAUUCGGCUGGUUUGGGUGUCUCGGACGCGACAUGAGAAAGGGUGUGGAGCCCAAAGGCGUCAAGGAGGAGACUGUGGACAAAGACAAUGGUGGAUUCGUGGAAACUCCCCGAAUCAAAACCCCAAAAGGAAUAGUUAAGGAUCGGUGCAAAACGCCCGAUUCGCCUGAAGGUGCCCGCCAAGCCACCACUCCUCACUCACCUUCGCAGUCUUCACCUCCACUUAGAAGCGUUGCAUCGCCUCCGACCAAUUGCAACGCCGACAGCCUCACACCGCCUCCUCCACUUCCAGCUGCUACCGCGCUUUCCCUGGAAACCCCCAGGUCCUUUUCGGACAUCCCUUAUGGCAGUUUGGGCGGCUAUCCAACUGGCAGGCAGCUGACCAAGGUGAAGAAGUUCCUGAGCACUUUGGUGCAGUUCGGAAGCGACAUCAGCUCAGAUGUGGGGGAGAGAGUCAAAAGUCUGGUUCUUAACUUAGUUAGUUCGAAUUUGAGCAUAGAAGAAUUCCACCACUCGCUGCAAGACGUCACGAAUUUUCCUCUGAGGCCUUUCGUGUUGCCGUUCCUCAGAACGCACAUGCCGCUGCUUCAGAGGGAAAUCCACACGUUGGCCCGAGUGAACAAACUGUCCGCCCUGCAGUAUGCAAGAAGCCACGACCAUGUUCUGCUUGAGCUCACUCACUCACCUUCUGAGGCCUCAGAAAUUUUCAUGAGCAAUGACAAUGCUCCUCUGAGCGGGAUAAAAAGGCGCUCGCCCGAAGGGGUAUACGAAAACGGCCUGAAUGGCCAACCAGAGGAGUACCCAUCAGCCAAACGACCGGCCCCCGUAAUCACUCCCUUCCUCCUGAACCACCAUCAGCAGAGCUUCUUCCUGCCCACCAUGAACGGUCCCAAUGUCCACCUUUUUGACUACCCGCCCACCAAUGCCCCCACCAUCAAAACGGAGGAGCAGGGCGGCAGUCGCGGGGACGAAGAAUGGCGCAACAUUCACGUAAUGUUGAACUGCAUUCUAUCGAUGGUGGAGAAAACGAAAAGGGCUCUGGCCAUUCUGCAGCAACGGAACCUUCCCACCCAGCCCGAUCCCACCAAUGAGUGGCUGCGCAAGCAGGACGUCAGUCAGGACUUGAAGAAAGUGGCCAAUGAGAUCAUUAGCACAGCAAUCCGAGCGGCUGAAGAGCGUGUAGCUGAGGUUCGGAGGCGCGCUGAAGAAGCUGUAGGGGACGUGAAGCGACAGGCUGUGAUGGAGCUGCAAAGGGCGGUGGCUGCAGCUGAAGCUAGGGCUGGCGAGCUGCUGGCAGCUGAACGCGCCCGUGUUGAGAAAGCCAUCGGCGAGGCAAGGAAGCAAUCGGAUGAGGCCACCGGCAACCAUGCGGAGUUUGGGGACAGCAACCAAACACCUUCCGGCCAAACAGUGGCUUCGCAGCAAAACGCUUGCUGGAACUGUGGCCGAAAAGCCCACGAUACAUGCUCGGGUUGUAGCAUGGCGCGCUAUUGCAGCCCGUUUUGCCAGCACAAAGACUGGGAAAACCAUCAUCAGGCCUGCACCAAGGAAAAGCGGCCUGUUCUCGUCACGACGCCAUCAUCAGUUCAGACGACACCGACGCCACAGACGGCGGACACGCGAUCUAAAAAGUGACACGCAAAAAGAGGCAGAAAGUUGCGGAAAUGUUGAGUUUUCGCCGCACAUGGGCCAUGUGUAAUAUGAUUCCAAGCACCGUUUACAUGUGUAUAAUCACCACUUUGUCAACGUGUCUUUUCACCUCUCGAUGUAAUUCACUAAUUAAAAAACACGUUUUGUACAGGUAUUUGCACUGUUGUCACUUUGGGAUUAAUAAGCGGUGGUUGAUUAGGGACUUUGGUCUUUUGCGCUUUGCGCGAACGGAUCAGGAAGAUUAGAUUCCGUACAACUUACCCAAAAUAAAGGCAAAACAACCACUUUUCUAGUCUGAAACGGUUUCGUAUUGUUCUCGUUUUUAAUUUAUUGUGAUCUCCUUAAUGCAAUACUUAAUAGCCUGUAAGUAGACUUAAUGUUUGUUUCGUUGAUGUAAAUAAAUGUUUAAAUACUCCCAAA